AUGGAUUCACUACUUAAACGGACCAAACGAAAGAGGACGUUAGAUCCAUCUCCCUCAGAUCCAUCAGUACCCUCUGGUACUCCUGAGGAGUCAGUUUCUACCCCGAAGUACAAGAAAGCCCGUGAUAGUCUCAUCGGGGCUACCAAAGUUGUCAAG